AUGGACCUCAUGUGGCGUCUGAGAUUACAAAACAUGCAGCAGCGGAAUUGGAUUGCAGCCACGCUUUGUGCCGCAAGUAGUGUGCCAGUAUCUGCAUCCUUCGACUGUCUGGUGGCGGAGCAGGGCUGCAUCCAGGAGCAGUCCUGCAUGGUGCUCUACCGGCUGCUGGAGUACUGUGCUGCCGAGGAGGCCGUGUCGCCCCUCGGCCGAGAUGCCCGCUUAGAGUGCCUUGAGGCCCAGAACUCCUUGCAGCAUUACCGCCCCUUUCAAGUCUGCAAAUGUCAGCGUGGCUCUCGCAGAGAGGAACACUGCCUCAGGGUCUACUGGACUGUGAGAUUUGCAGCAUAUGAUGAGUAUGAAGUGUCUCCAUAUGAAGAACUGGAGUUAAAUCUGGUGAGGAAUAUUGAGAUGUCACGUAUGGCCUCCAUCAUGUCAGCUUCCACUCUUUCUGUGGACGGCCAAAACCAGUGUCUGAAGGCAGCGCAGGACUGUGGCCUGUAUGAGAAAUGUGGCUCCCUGCGGUCAGAAUACGUCGUCGCCUGCACCAAGCGGUCGACGGCGUCUGACAACGCUUGUAACCGCCAGAAAUGCCACAAAGCCCUCAGGCGCUUCCUGGAGCGCGUGCCAGAGGAGUACAGCUUCGCUCUGCUCUUCUGUCCUUGCUCUGACACUCUGUGUGGGGAGCGCCGGAGGAAAACCAUCGUCCCGUCAUGUUCCUAUGAGGAGAAUGGGAGAGGGGAGGAGAGAGUGGGCAAGCCAAACUGCCUGAGCCUGCAGAACUACUGCUCCAGAGACGAGCUGUGUAGAUCCCGAUUCGCUGAUUUCCAACACAACUGCCAGCCCUCCCCUCUGUCUGCCUCUGGCUGUAUGCGAGACAGCAGAGCUAUGUGCCUGAAGGCUUACGCUGGACUCAUAGGCACCAUCAUGACUCCCAACUAUGUGAGCAACAGCAGCACAGAAGUGUCUCAGUGGUGCACAUGUGACGGCAGCGGGAACGAAUGGCAGGGCUGUCAGCGCAUCCUGACCUUGUUCAGCAGCAAUACGUGUCUGCGCAGUGGCAUCAGCUCCAUGGGGAUCUCUGCACCUCCUCCUGUGGAAAACACUCCUGUGCCAGCUUCUCAGCCCUCCCCACGCGUCCACCAGGAGAGGGUCCACUUUGACACUCUCCCUGAAUUCAACAGUAUGGAGGACAGCGAGGAAGAUGAACGGGAGGAGGAAGAAAGCGAGGAAUUCAACAUCAUGCCACCGUUUUCUGAGAAGGACUCCAACACUGAAUCCGGGGCUAGGGGAAGUAGAAGUGGAGCAGCUAGCCGAGCCGUACCGGUGAUAACAUUACUGCUGCUGCCGACGCUGCUCCUGGACCGAGAGUGUUGGAGCUACUGA